AUGUUACAUUCUCAUAAUUGCUACAUACAGUCUUUCAAAACUGCGAUUGAGAGUGUUCCAGCAGAUACUCCUGACUUUAAUGUCGUAAUCCAUGCAAAUAAAGUUCCUGUUGGAGAACACAGAGGACGAUACAAUGCGCCUUCCACGAGCGAAGUAGCAGUGGUGAUAGCCGGACAGCAAUUUGACAAAAGAGAUAUUGUAUUGCAUAGUCGUGAUGAUAAUUUGAAAAAAAUUUCAGAGUUACACAGAUCUUAUGACAGCUUACAAUAUCCUUUGAUGCUAUGUCGUGGAGAAAAUGGUUAUGCCAUUAAUAUUUCUCAAGUUGACCCAAUCGGUGGUACACCUUUGCGUAAAACAGUGUCAUGUAUGAGCUACUAUUGCUACCGUAUAAUGACAAGACGUAACGAUUUCAACACUUUGCUUAGAUAUGGAAUGCUAACAAACCAAUACUUGGUAGAUCAAUAUGCGAAAAUUGAAUCUGAGAGAUUGGCCUACAUCCGUAAUAAUCAAACUAAAUUGAGAGCCGAAAAUUACGUUCAUCUUCAGGAUGCUUUACAGGCGAAUGAACACCACAACGGCAUUGGGCAGUUGGUUAUACUACCCUCAUCAUUCACAGGUGGACCUAGAUAUUUACACGAAAAAUCGCAAGACGCCAUGGCUUACGUCAGAAAUUAUGGCAAACCUGAUUUAUUUAUAACUGCAACAUGUAACCCAAAUUGGGCGGAAAUCAAAGAGAAUAUUAACACCAAUUUAAAUCCACAAGACAGAUACGAUAUAGUUAACAGAGUCUUCCAUUUAAAAGUACAUAAACUCCUGCACCUCAUUAACAAGUCUCAUAUAUUCGGUCCGCCGCGCUGUCAUAUGUACACAAUAGAAUGGCAGAAGCGUGGCUUGCCACAUGUACACCUGCUGGUGUGGUUAGUGAACAAAAUUAGACCAAACCAAAUUGACAGGGUUAUUUCAGCUGAAUUACCGGAUAAAGAUGAAGAUCCUAUCCUGUACGAAAACGUUAAGAAACAUAUGGUACACGGCCCUUGCGGGACUUUAAACCCGAAUUCUCCAUGUAUGCGAGAUUCUAAAUGCAGCAAAAAAUUUCCGAAGUCGUUCCAAACACAAACAAGUACUAGCGAUGACGGAUAUCCCAAAUAUCGUCGACGAUCGCCAGAGCAGGGUGGGCAAAUUGCUACCGUCAAAAACAAUGAUAUUGAUAACCGAUGGAUCGUUCCCUAUAAUCCGCUCCUUUUGAAAAUUUUUGAUGCCCACAUCAACGUGGAGUUGUGCAAUUCAAUAAAGUCAAUUCAAUAUGUUACUAAGUACAUUAAUAAAGGCAGUGAUCAAGCCACUUUCAGCAUACAAUCACCAAAUGAAGUGGAAAUAUAUCAGUCUGGACGUUACAUCUGCAGUUCUGAAGCUGUAUAG